GUGUUAGACAAGAGAAGAGGGGGAGUUCUGUCAAGUCCUGCACCAGAGGAGGUUCAGGCUUGUGGAUAGAACAUAACUUUGGAAGCAGUUGCUGAGAAGAUUAACCACUGUUGGCCAAGGUGAUCUCUGAGAGGCACAGAGGGCUAUAACUCAAGGAAAAGGUUUAAGCCCCGGAGGAUAUGAUGUUCACGAAACUCUUUCAGCAGUGGAGUUUCGCGGUGUUUCUGCUGAGUUAUUCUGUGCCCUCCUACGGAAGAUCGGUAGAGGGGAUCAGCCGCAGACUCAAACGGGCUGUAUCAGAACACCAGCUACUGCAUGACAAGGGCAAAUCAAUCCAAGACUUACGAAGAAGGAUAUUCCUUCAAAAUUUAAUUGAAGGUGUCAACACUGCAGAAAUCCGUGCAACUUCAGAGGUCUCACCUAAUCCUAAGCCUGCUACCAACACAAAGAACUACCCUGUCCGAUUUGGCAGUGAAGAUGAGGGCAGAUACCUAACUCAGGAGACAAACAAAUCACAGACCUAUAAGGAGCAGCCCCUGAAGGUAUCAGGGAAGAAAAAGAAAGCGAAGCCUGGAAAACGUAAGGAACAAGAGAAGAAAAAGAGGCGAGCUCGCUCAGCUUGGCUAAAUUCUGGCAUGUAUGGAAGCAAUGUAACUGAGAGCCCAGUCUUGGACAACUCCAUUACUACACAUAAUCAUAUUUUAAGGAGGCGCUGAUAUUUUCAGCAAGACAACUUUGGAAGACAUAUUGCAGUAUUCUGUAAUAGUGAACAUAGAACAUAUGGGAAGUAUUAAAAUAUUUAUUACCUGUAAAU